AUGCUCAAUCUUUUGAUCCAUCGAAAGAACUUGAAUUACCUUCAUUUGGACUACAAUUUCAACCUCAAGCCUGUGAAAACAUUGACAACAAAAGAGCGUAAGAAAUCACGCUUUGGCAACGCAUUCCAUCUUUGCCGUGAGAUUUUACGCCUGACAAAACUGGUCGUUGAUGCACACGUACAGUACAGAUUGAACAACGUUGAUGCUUAUCAGCAUCUCAUCUAUUAUCGCUUCAACACCGGACCCGUUGGAAAGGGACCAGGCUGCGGCGUCUGGGCCCCGGGAUGGCGCGUAUGGCUCUUCUUCAUGCGCGGAAUCACCCCACUGUUGGAGCGCUGGCUCGGAAAUCUUCUUUCGCGACAGUUUGAGGGCCGACAUUCGAAGGGUGUUGCGAAAACUGUCACCAAACAAAGAGUUGAGUCACACUUCGAUCUCGAACUAAGGGCUGCAGUAAUGCACGAUAUACUGGAUAUGAUGCCGGAAGGCAUAAAACAGAAUAAAGCUCGAGUAAUUCUGCAACAUUUGAGUGAAGCAUGGCGCUGCUGGAAAGCCAAUAUACCAUGGAAAGUGAGUUUUAAUGAAAAUUUAUAG